UCCACAAAGAGACAAAAAACCCACUAAUCAGAGAUGGAAUAUCCAGAAAUGGAGUCUCUUCAAUCCCUCACAGAUACUCUUUCGAUACCCACUUGACGAAUUUUCUUUCUUUCUGUCUUCUUUAUCUAUCUCUCCCUUUGGUUCUCGAUUGCUUGCUUUGUUACUCAACUUUACAAAUUUAUCAGACAGCUAAAAUUCUUCCUUUUUCCCAAAACCAACUCGACACUGCACCUACUAUAUUAUAUGCUGGCAAAUUCCCCUUUUCAUAAUGACCUCCACUUCUCUCUCUAUAAAUCUCUCUCUUUCUCCUCCCCCCUUUUCCACUUCCGCCGCCGUAGCAACCACCACUUCCUUCUAUGAAGCCCCCUCUUCUUUGAGAUUCCCACAUUUUAGAUCUUUAGCCUCAAACCCCACAAGUUCUUUUUGUGAAAUUUCUCGAUUUACUUGCUUGAAAAGUUCAUUCAGGAGUAGGGGAAGAGGAAUUCUUAGUGUUAAGGCUAAUAAAAUGACUAUUGCUGAAGUUAGGCCUGAAGAUGGAGAAGAAGAUAGCCCUCCUUUGCUUGACCCUGAGACUAAUUCAAAACCUCGUCGUAUUGCUCUCUUUGUGGAACCUUCUCCCUUCGCGUAUGUGUCAGGUUACAAAAACCGGUUCCAAAACUUCAUUCGCUAUCUACGUGAAAUGGGCGAUGAGGUGAUGGUUGUGACAACUCAUGAAGGUGUACCCAAGGAGUUCUAUGGUGCAAAAUUAAUCGGAUCACGAAGCUUUCCAUGCCCUUGGUAUCAGAAGGUUCCCCUUUCUCUAGCACUUAGUCCAAGAAUAAUUUCAGAAGUUGCUCGGUUUAAACCCGAUAUCAUUCACGCAUCAUCACCGGGGAUAAUGGUGUUUGGAGCUCUGAUUAUUGCUAAACUAUUAAGUGUGCCACUAGUUAUGUCUUACCAUACUCAUGUACCAGUGUUAGUUCUUUUCUAUUCUUUUCUUGGACUUCAACUUUUAGUUCCAACCAAUUAUGAGGAUUGGGGAUUCAAGAACAGUUGCAUCCAAGAUCGUCUUGUUGUUGAUUAUAUCGGAUAUUACAUAACCAUAUAUCUGUUUUUUGUGAUGUGUUGCAGAUACAUUCCAAGAUAUACAUUUAGUUGGUUGGUUAAACCCAUGUGGCUUGUUAUAAAAUUCCUGCACAGAGCGGCAGAUCUUACCUUGGUCCCAUCUGCUGCCAUUGGCAAGGAUCUUGAAGCUGAAAGAGUGACGGCAGCAAAUAAGAUUCGACUUUGGAAUAAGGGUGUUGAUUCUGUUAGCUUUCAUCCUCGCUUCCGCUCUCAUGAAAUGAGAUUAAGGCUUAGUGGUGGAGAGCCUGAUAAACCGCUGAUAGUUCAUGUUGGAAGAAUUGGAGUUGAGAAGAGCUUGGAUUUCCUCAAAAGGAUCAUGGACAGGCUCCCUGAAGCGAGAAUUGCAAUAGUUGGAGAUGGACCGUACAGGGAGGAGCUAGAAAAGAUUUUCACUGGCAUGCCUGCAGUAUUUACCGGAAUGUUAUCAGGGGAAGAGCUAUCUCAGGCUUACGCUAGUGGCGACGUUUUUGUAAUGCCUUCCGAAUCGGAGACAUUAGGACUCGUGGUACUGGAAGCUAUGUCCUCUGGGAUCCCUGUGAUCGGUGCUCGUGCUGGUGGAGUUCCAGACAUAAUUCCUCCUGAACAAGAUGGUAAAAUUGGUUACCUUUACACCCCAGGAGACAUCGAUGACUGCUUAAGCAAGCUGAAGCCUCUGUUGGAGAAUCGUGAACUGAGGGAAACUAUGGGGAAAGCAGCACGUGAGGAGAUGGAGAAAUACGAUUGGAAGGCUGCAACUCGAACGAUUCGCAACGAACAAUACAAUGCAGCCAUAUGGUUCUGGCGCAAGAAAAGAGCGCAGUUUCUAAGACCAUUUCAGUGGUUGUUUAAACGAAUUUUUCCAUCCCCAGAAGUUAGUUAUCAGUGAAAUAUGCUUCAUUCAGAUCUGAUUAUCUCAUUUCUCUAUCAGCUUGGUUUCAUUAGCAGAAGAAAACAUCUGUGUGAUUGUUUGCUAUAUAAUAUACAUUCAUUGUGUAUAUAUUCAUUAAACCAAAAAAAGAAAAAAAAAA